AUGGGUAGCUCCACUACCACGAUCACUAACGAUCGGUUUGUUCGUUUUGCUUUUUAGUUUGUGACUUUCGCCGCUCUGGUCGCAGUUGCCCGCGCUGGACUGAUCGCCCAACCAGCUGUCAGCUACGCUGCCGCCCCGGCCCUCCUCUCGGCCCCGGUUGCCAAGGUCGCCUAUGCCGCGGCUCCGAUCGCCAAGGUCGCAUACGCUGCCCAGCCCGAGGAGUACGACGCGAACCCGCAGUACUCGUUCUCGUACGGAAUCUCCGACGCUCUGACCGGAGACUCCAAAUCCCAGCAGGAGUCGCGCAGCGGAGAUGUUGUCCAGGGAUCGUACUCCGUCGUUGAUCCCGAUGGCACCAAGCGUACCGUCGAGUACACCGCCGACCCGCACAACGGAUUCAACGCUGUCGUCCACCGUGAGCCCCUGACCAAGGCCGUCGUUGCCGCCCCGGUCGCCACCAAGGUCAUCGCUCAGCCAGCUCUGGCCUAUGCCGCCCCAGUUGCCAAGACCAUCUCCUAUGCCGCUCCGGUAGCCAAGACCAUCUCGUACUCCGCCCCGGUGGCCACCAAGACCAUCGUGUCGAGCCAGCCUGCCCUGUCCUACGCCGCCCCGGCUUACGCCACCCAGGCCUACGCCGCUCCUGUGGCUAAGACCUAUAUCUCGAGCCAGCCUGCUCUGUCCUACGCCGCUCCUGUGGCUAAGACCUAUAUCUCGAGCCAGCCCGCUCUCUCCUACGCCGCUCCGGCCUACGCCACCCAGGCAUACGCCGCCCCGGCUUACGCCUCGUACCACUAAAGACUGUUGACGUUGAUUCGAGUGUUGUUACGGCUGCGAUGAUAUUUAUUGGAUAGCAAUAGACGACCG